CGGUGCGAGGUAGCCGGGUCAGGGGUCACAAGUGGGACCUCUACUCUGGCUCGGGCCUGCGCCGGAGCGCAGUGGGAUGGCCUCGGAGCGCCCGGAGCCGGAGGUGGAAGAAGCUGGGCAGGUGUUCCUGUUGAUGAAAAAGGAUUAUCGAAUCUCCCGGAAUGUUCGCCUGGCUUGGUUCCUCAAUCACCUGCAUCAAACCGUGCAGGCCACGCCCCAGGAGAUGCUGCUUCAGUCUGAGCAGGAGCUGGAAGUCCUCAGUGUCCUGCCCCCCGGGUGGCAGCCAGAUGAACCAGUGGUCCCAAGGCCAUUUCUCCUUGUACCUUCCACCCGGGUCACCUUCUUGGCUUGGCAGUAUCGAUUUGUCAUUGAGCUGGACCUUAGCCCAUCUACUGGCAUUGUGGACGACUCCACAGGGGAGAUCUUGUUCGAUGAAGUUUUCCAUGCCCUCUCCCGCUGCCUGGGGGGUCUACUUCAGCCCCUCCGAGUGCCUGGCUCGUGCAUCAACUUCCAGCCUGAGAUCUACGUGACUAUCCAGGCCUACUCCUCAAUUAUCGGCCUGCAGUCCCACCAGGUGCUGGUCCAGGGCUGCCUUUUGGACCCUUCCCAGCGGGAAGUGUUCCUGCAGCAGGUGUAUGAGCAGCUCUGCCUCUUUGAGGAUAAGGUGGCCACCAUGCUGCAGCAGCAGUAUGAUCCUGCGAGCCAGGCAGAAGACCAGUCUCCAGACUCAGGGGAGCCCCCUGGCCGGAAGAUGGGCGUCUCCAUGGUGACUGCUGAUCUUGGGCUGGUCAGUAUGAUUCGUCAGGGCAUCUUGGCGCUGCAGUUGCUUCCCUCAAACUCUAGUGCAGGUAUCAUCGUGAUCACAGACGGGGUGACCAGCAUCCCUGAUGUUGCUGUCUGUGAGACCUUGCUGAACCAGCUUCGCAGUGGCACCGUGGCUUGCUCCUUCGUCCAGGUGGGAGGAGUUUACUCGUAUGACUGCAGUUUUGGCCACGUGCCCAAUGUGGAACUGAUGAAGUUCAUCGCAAUGGCAACAUUUGGCUCCUACCUGUCCACUUGUCCGGAGCCCAAGCCAGGCACCCUGGGUCUGACCGUCUACCACCGGGCAUUUCUCCUCUACUCCUUCCUGCGCAGUGGGGAGGCCCUGAACCCUGAGUACUACUGCGGCUCUCAGCACCGCCUAUUUAACGAGCACCUGGUCUCCGCCAGCAGCAACCCUGCCCUGGCCCUGCGACGGAAGAAGCACACUGAGAAGGAGGUGCCAGCCGACCUGGUCAGCACCGUGUCUGUGCGGCUUCGGGAGGGCUACAGUGUCCGAGAGGUCAUGCUAGCCAAAGGAGGGUCCCAGCUGGAGGUGAAGCUGGUGCUCCUGUGGAAACACAACAUGCACAUUGAGUAUGUGGCUGUGGCGCCCUGGCCCCUGGAGCCUGAGGGCCCCCGAGGAACACGGGUGGAAGUGACCAUGGAAGGUGGCUAUGACAUUUUACAUGAUGUGUCCUGUGCGCUAAGGCAACCCAUUCGCUCGCUGUAUCGUACUCAUGUUAUCCGGCGGUUCUGGAACACACUGCAGAGCAUUAACCAGACGGACCAGAUGCUAGCGCACCUUCAGUCCUUCUCCUCCGUCCCGGAACAUUUCACGCUUCCGGACAGCACCAAGAGCGGAGUGCCCCUCUUCUACAUCCCUCCUGGCUCCACCACCCCGGUGCUCUCCCUUCAGCACAGUGGGUCCGACUCCUCUCAUGCCCAGUUUGCGGCCUACUGGAAGCCAGUGCUGUCCAUGGAUGCAAAUUCUUGGCAGCGUUGGCUGCACAUGCACCGCCUAGUGCUAAUCCUGGAGCACGACACACCAAUCCCCAAGCAUUUGCACACCCCGGGCAGCAAUGGACGCUACAGUACUGUCCAGUGCAGGAUCUCACAUUCCUCGCUGACCUCUCUGCUUCGGGACUGGAGCAGCUUCGUGCUGGUCGAGGGCUAUUCCUACGUGAAGCUGCUCUCCAGUGCCCCAGACCAACCCCCUUCCUCCUUCUACAUGGUCCGCAUCAUCUCCAAGGCGCCAUGCAUGGUUCUUCGCCUGGGUUUUCCCAUCGGCACACCAGCACAGGCCCGGCACAAGAUUGUGUCAGGCUUACAGGAGGAGAUCCUGCGGCUGCGGUUCCCCCACCGGGUACAAAGCAAGGAGCCAACACCCAAGGUGAAACGAAAAGGGCUGGGAAGCAUCGGUGGGGGCAGCUCUCCCUCCAAGUCUCCCCCUCUGCUGGGGCCACAGCAGGCCCUCUCUGACCGGCCCUGCCUCGUGGUCCUGCAUAAGCCACUGGACAAGCUACUCAUCAGGUAUGAGAAGCUACCCCUGGACUACCGGGCACCUUUCUUGCUGACACUGGAGCCACCAGGGCCACUACCCUUGGUGUCGGGCCGCUCAGCCUCUUCUAGCCUAGCAUCGCUGUCCCGCUACCUCUACCAUCAGCGCUGGCUCUGGAGUGUCCCAUCGGGACUGGCCCCUGCACUGCCACUCAGCGCCAUUGCCCAGCUCCUCUCCAUCCUCACUGAAGUCCGACUCUCUGAAGGGUUCCACUUCGCCUGCAGUGGGGAAGGGAUCAUCAACAUGGUGCUGGAGCUUCCCAUUCAGGAUCUCCCGUUCCACCUGCAGAACGAGCCCCCAGGGCAGGCCGCGGUGGAAGAACGGCACACGUGUGUCGUCCAGUACAUCCUCUUCCCCCCACACUCCACCUCCACCAAGGACAGUUUUUCAACAGACGAUGACAAUGAUGUGGAGGUGGAGGCCCUGGAGGGAGACUCGGAGCUCAAUCUGGUCACCGAGGUGUGGGUGGAGCCACAGUGUGGGCGAGUGGGACCCGGCCCUGAGAGCUGGAAGCACCUCCAAAACUUGACGUACUCUGAGAUCCCAAAAGCUCUCCACCCUCGGGAUGCUGCCUGCAUAGGCUCCAUGCUGAGCUUUGAGUACCUGAUACAGCUGUGCCAGAGCAAGGAGUGGAGUCCUCUGCCCCUAGAGCCGAGGGUCUCUGAUGGUUCGGACCAGGGAGGAGACACCUGUGUCCAUGAGAUCCCUUUUCAUUUUGACCUGAUGGGACUGUUGCCUCAGUGCCAGCAGCUCCAGAUGUUCUUCCUCCUGCUUUCCAGAGAGCCAGAGGGCAUCCCUUUCGCCGAGGGGCCUUGUCCCUCCAACGACAUGGUGCUGUGCCUGCUGCAUAGCUGCCUAGGGCAGGAGCUAAGUGACCGGGAGAUCCCACUGAGCACCGCUGACCAGGCUAUGUUCCUGAGUGAGGUGCUGCGGCGCACCCACCACAGUCCAGGUCCAGAGGGGCCGCCAGUGGGGGGCCAUGGGGUCCUGAAGGAUCAGCCAGUCAGCACCGCUCAGGCCGCAGGAGACUCAGCUCUUCCUACCCUGAACGUCGGCCCUCCUGACGCUCUCAAGCCUCUCGCCUCAGCCCAGCCCCCUCAGUGGCGCUGCUAUGCAAGGCUUGUGAGCCCUCAGCAUGCGUUUCUGACAUUCCUCCCAGCUACCUUCUCGGAUGUCCAGCACCUGGCCGCCUAUGGCCUAGAGGGACCCUCUCAAGAGGAGACCAAACUCAAGCUCGGAGAUUGGAGUGGGGCCUCCAGUCUGAGAGAUCUGGGAGGAACUGGGGUCAGGGUUCCAAAGGCCCAGGUCCCUAUCCUCAGUGUCACCCCAGCCUGUGACAGUGCCCAGAGUCCAGGAGAGCUGAGCCCACCCUUCCGUCGGGACCUACAGGCUUGCACCGGGCGUCAGGCUCCACAAACAGAGGGUGCAGAUGGACCCCGGACACGCUGUCCAGUCUUCAUCUACAGCUGUGCCCUGGAAGCGCUGAGGGAACAGAUGAUUAGCAUGCAGCCCCCUCCGGCACCCCGAGACCUCAUCUUCCGGACUCAGUUUCUCGACCAGACUGCCCCCUCCUCAGCCUGGACGGAGCCCAGGUCCAAGGAGGCAGCCAACCACUGUGCCUUGCUGCAGGAGCAUGCUCAGCGGUGCUAUGUCCGUGGGUUGUUCCGGAGCUUGCAGCAAGCACAGAGUGUGACCUCCCAGGACUUGCUGAUGGCAGUGGAUGCCUGUGAGGAGCUACUUCAAGAAGUAGACAUCACCCCUUUUCUGCUCACACUCUGUGGAUAUACCCGGGGUUUGCCUCAUGCACCCCCAAGUCCUGGUCCUCUCAGCCCUGGUCCCUUUAGCAGCAGCAUCGAGGAGGGCCCUGAGCCCCGGGAACGAGCUAUCCUGGCUUCUGAGUCCAGCAUAGAGACCGAGGACCUAAGCGAGCCUGAGUUUCAGAGCACCCGUGUCCCUGGCAACCCAGACCCUGGCCUGGAGAUCUCUCUGACAGACGUCUGCCAGCUCAGAGGAGAGGCGCAUGAUGCCCUCCAUAGCCUCAUCCAGGAGAAGUUCCUGGAGGUCAGUGGUCUCCACUUCCGCACAGUGCCCUCCAAUCCCCACUACUUCUUCUACUGCCCUCCAUCCAGCAGGCGAGAGGAUGAGGGCCCCCGGGACACAGUAGACAGAAAAGUCAGUGACCUGGAGUUUUCAGAGGCUGAGUUCCUGGGAGAAGAAGGAGACACAUCUGCCUGCUGUGUGGUCACUGAGAGUGACCCAGAGCUGGAGGUGGAAUACCGCGAGAGCCGUGAACCGGACCAGGAGCCUGCUGGGCUAGACUCCGCCUCGCUGUCAGAUGCAGACACCGUGAACCCUGAUGAAGACUCCUUCAGUAUCCUGGGGGGCGACUCACCCACUGGGCCUGAGAGCUUCGUGCACGACCUGCCUCCGCUCUUCCUGCACCUCACCUGCUCCGUGCGGUUGCGUGGGCAGCACAGCUCAGUGCCCGUGUGCAGCCUGCCCACCUGCCUGGGCCAGGUGCUUUCCAGUCUGGAGGGCCCCUUGAUCGGGGGCCGAGUGCCCCUGCGGGACCUCAGUGUCACUUUGGAUGUCUUUGUGCUGACCUUACCACUAGAAGUGGAGCUUCCCCCGACCUCAGACCCUCAGCACCACCGGUCCACAUCUGAGAGCAGUGCUUCAUUCCCACGAUCUCCAGGGCAACCAUCAUCUUUAAGGUCAGAUGAUGGCCUGGGGCCCCCACUGCCACCCCCAGAAGAAGACAGGCACCCGGGACUAUCCAGUUUGGCCACACCCCACAGAUUGGCUAUUGAGACCACCAUGAGUGAGAUCCGCUGGUUGCUGGAGGAUGAGAUGGUGGGGGCACUUCGGAGAGGGGGCGUCCCCCAGAGCCCUGCCCUGCACCGUGCUGCCGCCCACAUCCAUAGCUCUCCCGGACGCUCCACCUGUCUUCGCCAGACUGUGCCGCUGAGUUUUGUGUUUGGGCCGGAGCGUUCCCUCACACAGUUCAAGGAGGAGUUCCGUCGCCUCCACCUGCCCGGCCGUGUGCUUCUGGAGGACCCUGACAGUGGCUUCUUCUUUGUGGCAGCUGGCCAACAGCCAGGUGGGUCCCCCAGGGUACCCUCUUCAGUGGCCUGGGCUUGGCACAACCACGAGGAUAAGGCUGAAGGCAUCGAAGGGGAGGCUCUGACAGCCAGUCCCCGAGGGCCUGGCUCCCCAGAGGAUUCUGAGGGCCCCUCCCUCAUCAGUCUGCCCAGCCUGCCACAGGGAGGGAGCCAGCCUGGGCCCGGCCAAGGACUGAGCCUCGUGUCCAGUCAGGGCAGUGUGGACUCAGACCACCUAGGUUAUGAUGGUGGCAGCAGUGGCUCUGACAGUGAGGGUCCCAGUGAGACCCUGGGUGAGAAGAGCCCCUUCACAUUGCGGACCCUGCCUGGUCCAGCACAUCCACAGCCUUCACUCACAAGCGUCCUUGGGCCAUGCCUCCCAGACUUCUGGCUCAUCGUCCGGAUACUGCAGGAUCGUGUGGAAGUGUACGCACAUGCACGGAGCCUGACUCGGGAAGAUGGAGGGCCAGGAGCCGAGUGUCGCCACCUGCAGCAGCUCCUAGUGAGGCGAGUUGGGGAGAUCUGCAGGGAGGUCAACCAGCGGCUGCUCCUUCAGGACCUUCACGACAGUCAUGUGUGCAAUUCUCUUCUGGUGGCCGAGAGUGAAGAAGAUCUGUGGCGCAGCGAGACCCCCUUCCACUCACGUCAGCGGGCAGCACUGCCCAGCGAUGAUUAUGCUGCUGAUGAGAGCUGUGCACCUCGAGGGUACCUGGCAGCCACAAUGCAGUUUGUUCCCGGCCAUUUCUCCUGUGACGUUGUAUGGGAAACUGUGAUUCGGGUCCAUUCACGCCUCAAAAUGGGGCCCAGCAUGGGGGUCUCUCGUGCCAUCCAGGCCCUGCGCUCUGUGCUCAAUGCCUUCUCCGUGGUGAACCGGAAGAAUAUGUUUGUUUAUCAGGAGCGAGCAACAAAGGCCGUGUAUUAUCUUCGGCUCCUGGAGACGACCUGCAGUGAGCGGCCGUGGGAAGGCGAUGCUCUGCCCCCAUCCCUAGCUCUGUCCCGGAGCCAGGAGCCCAUCUCCUCUGAGGAAUCCUCGGGUCCUCGUUCUCCCCUCGACUUGGCUUCCAGCCGCAGUGCAGAUACUGCUCGCCCUGUGGGCCAAGUGGACAGGCACAUCCGGCUGCUGGUGCAUGGCGUGGGGCAGGCAGGUCCUGAGAUCACAGAUGAGCUGGUGCGGGUCCUGCGUCGGCGCCUGGAUGAGGCCACUCUGGACGUCAUCACAGUCAUGCUUGUUCGGAACUGCAAGCUGACACCAGCCGAUGUGGAGUUCAUCCAGCCCCCUGGAAGUCUCCCCUCAGAGGUGCUGCAUCUGGCCUUGCCCUCCGCCUGCCGGCCCUGGCUUCCUGCCCUGGCCUGGUACCUGCGGCAAAACCUGCUCAUUUUCCUGCACUCUCCCAAGUACACAGACAGCAAUGGCCGGAACCACUUCCAGCAUCCACUCCCACCACAGGGCAGCCUCCCCGACUUGGACAUUUACUUGUAUAACAAGCCUGGUGGACAGGGCACUGGGGGCAAAGGAGUUGCCUGCAUCACUCUAGCCUUUGUGGACGAGGGAGGGGCCCCCAUCUCACUGGCAUCAUGGCCCCCCUCUUCUCCGGGGCCUCCAGAUGUACUGCAAGAGGAGGAGUUUGAGCAGUUGACCCAGAUCACUCGCUGCCCGGUCGUGCCAGACAGCUCUUCAGCUCACAGUGUGGCCCCACGGCUUCGACUGGAUGUGUGGGAAAAAGGUCACAUCAGCAUCGUACAGCUAGAGGAGAGGCUCCGAGCAGCGGCUCGCCAGGCCCUGGCCGAUGCCGUCAUGGAGCUGCAGCUACUGCCAGCCUCCCUGUGCACGGAGGACAUGUCCCCAGGAAGUCUCAGGAGUGGGUCAUUGGAAACCAAGAGCCCUGCAGGCCGAGCUAGCACCUUUCCCCCUGGGCCUGCCCCUGAGGAGCCUGUGACUCCCCCCAGCAAAGCUGGCCGGCGUAGCUUCUGGGAUAUGCUGAGUAAAACAGAAUCUGGGGACUUGGGUUCCCCCAAAACAACUGAUGACAUUGUCCUGGAUCGGCCAGAAGAUACUCGGGGCCGAAGGCGUCACAAAACUGAAAAUGUUCGGACUCCAGGUGGAACUGAGCGGGCAUCGGACCCAGAAUCUGGAGCCAAGAGACAAAGACGCCGGACCACACAGCUAGAAGAGGGCGAGGUGGGGACCCUGCAGCCUGUGUUCGCUCAUGUUACUCAGCGCUGGAUGGAGUUCAUGGUUCAGAUUGGUUGCGCCUCAGUGUCCAGGAGCUCCACCUGCAUGGUGUCCCGGUUCCUCCUGCCAUCCAUCUUGUCUGAGUUCACCACUCUGGUCACCUCGAUGGCUGGAGACACCAGCGUUCGUGUCUUUGAGCAGCAUUUGAGUUCAGGGCCAGACGUCUUCAGUCCUCGUUCUCUUGGACAACUGGGCCCAACACCCCGCCCAGCAGCUGAGCGGCAUCUGCUGCUUCUGGGAAGGAACUUCUUGCAGUGGAGGCGACCAACCCAGCAGGCUGCCAAAGCCUUGCAGCGCUUCGAGCCAGGGGGCGAUGGGAGCUCAGGGCGGAACGCUCCCCGGCAGAGGUUCUUGCUCCUGGAGAUCGUGGAUAAGAAGCUACUGCUGCUGACUUACAACUGGGCUCCAGACCUGGGGGCAGCCUUGGGCCGAGCGCUGGUCCGCCUCGUGCAGUGGCAGAAUGCACGUGCCCAUCUCAUCUUCUGCCUCCUCAGCCAGAAGCUUGGACUUUUCCAUCAUUAUGGCCAGUUGGACUUCCCAGUGCGGGAUGAAAAGGAGCCAAACCCAUUCCUGCUGCCCACAGUGGACGCAGAGACCCUCAUCCGGAGUGCAAGUCCCCCUCUGAGCCGGGAGCAAGGCCGGCUCACCGGGUCCUCUCGGGGUGGGGGUUCCCUUCCCCUGGACACGUUCCCCUUCGAUGAGGCCCUGAGGGACAUCACAGCUGCUCGCCCCAGUGCCUCACUCGGCUCUGUGCCCAGACCCCCCGAUCCCGUCACCUACCAUGGACAACAGUUUCUGGAGAUCAAGAUGACAGAGCGCAGAGAGCUGGAGCGCCAAAUGAAGAUGGAGAACCUGUUUGUAACCUGGCAGCAGCGGUCCACCCCAGCCAGCAUGCCCGUCAGCGCUGGGGAGCUGGAGACCCUGAAGCAGUCAUCCCGCCUAGUACAUUACUGUGCAACAGCCCUGCUCUUCGACCCUGCUGCCUGGCUGCAUGGGCCCCCAGAGACCUGUGGGCCUCCUGAGGGGCAGCGGCGCCAUCGCCCUGAGCCAGGACCUGGGAGCCGAGAGGCCCCCUCAAGCUGUGAAGCCUUGGAUGUGCCUCCACCGGGCACCCGUGAGGAGCCUUGGCUGAAGGAGCUGAGCCUGGCUUUCCUGCAGCAGUACAUGCAGUAUCUGCAGAGCAUGGGCUUUGUGCUGGUACCACUGCGGCCCCCCUCGCCCGCCCGCAGCGCCAGCCGGUUGCGGGCCAUGGCGUUCCUUGGGACAGAGGGUCGGGGCUCCUUCUCCUGCCCUAAGACCAAGGCUGAUGGGAGCCCCAAGAGCACUGGCUCUCCAGUCACCACCUACCACUUGCAGCGGGCACUGCCCGGGGGCAUCAUCCUCAUGGAGCUGGCUUUCCAGGGCUGUUACUUCUGUGUUAAACAGUUCGCCCUGGAGUGUUCCCGCAUCCCCAUGGGGCAGGCCGUCAACUCGCAGCUGUCCAUGCUGUUCACCGAGGAGUGCGACAAGGUGCGGGACCUGAUGCACGUGCACUCGUUCAGCUACGACUUCCACCUGCGCCUGGUGCACCAGCACGUGCUGGGGGGCCACCUGGUGCUUCGGCAUGGCUACCACCUCACCACCUUUCUGCGACACUUCCUGGCCCACCACCCCGAUGGGCCCCACUUCGGUCGCAAUCACAUUUACCAAGGGACCCUGGAGCUGCCCACACCACUCAUUGCUGCACAUCAGCUGUACAACUACGUGGCCGACCACGCCAGCUCCUACCACAUGAAGCCCCUAAGGAUGGCCCGGCCAGGGGGCCCAGAACACAAUGAAUAUGCCCUGGUGUCGGCGUGGCACAGCUCUGGCUCCUACCUAGACUCUGAGGGACUUCGUCACCAGGAUGACUUUGACGUGUCUCUGCUUGUCUGUCACUGUGCUGCACCCUUUGAGGAACAAGGAGAGGCUGAGCGGCAUGUCCUGCGGCUACAGUUCUUCGUGGUGCUCACCAGCCAACGAGAGCUCUUCCCCAGACUAACUGCUGACGUGCGCCGGUUCCGGAAGCCACCCAGACUACCCCCUGAGCCAGAGGUUCCUGGGAGCUCAGCUCGUAGCCCUAGGGAGGGCUCAGGGGUUGGUCUGGCCCCUGGACCAGCUCCUCUGUUCCCCCCGCUGGCUGCAGAGGUGGGCGUGGCUCGGGCACGGCUGGCUCAGCUGGUCCGGCUAGCUGGAGGGCACUGCCGCAGGGACACCCUCUGGAAGCGCCUCUUCUUGCUGGAGCCACCAGGGCCUGAUCGGCUGCGGCUCGGGGGGCGCUUGGCCCUGGCUGAGCUGGAGGAGCUUCUGGAAGCGGUCCAUGCCAAGUCCAUUGGGGACAUUGACCCCCAGCUGGACUGCUUCCUGUCUAUGACGGUCUCCUGGUACCAGAACCUGAUCAAGGUUCUCCUGAGCCGCUUUCCCCAGAGCUGUCGCCAUUUCCAGAGCCCAGACUUGGGAACUCAGUAUCUGGUUGUGCUAAACCAGAAGUUCACUGACUGUUUCGUGCUAGUGUUUCUGGAUUCCCACUUGGGAAAGACGUCUCUGACAGUGGUUUUCCGAGAGCCCUUCCCAGUGCAGCCCCAGGACAGUGAGAGCCCUCCUGCCCAGCUGGUCUCCACCUACCACCACCUCGAGUCGGUCAUCAACACAGCCUGCUUCACCCUCUGGACCCGCCUCCUCUGAGGGACAGACUGCUGGUGUCACUGUUCCUUGGAUCGUGGGUCUGUACGGUCACCCACUUGAAGCAGAACCAACCAGCCCUUCUGUGCCCCAGCACAAGCCUGGAUGCUGAGGGACACCAGAGGGUCUAUGACCACAUCUGGGGGGCCUGCAGCCCCAGCCUGGCAGCAGAGGUAGCUGUCCCCAGAACACAGCUGCUGACCAACCCGGGGCUCUGGAGGGUUGGUCAGCCCCUGAGGUUCCCAUCUCCUCUGGGGUCCCUGGGCCCUUCCAGAAGGAGACUCCUCCUUCCUGCUCACCUGGUGCAGUCCCAGGAAUUCUUCCACCUGGCAGCAAGCACUCACCCACAUUCCUCUGCCUGGAUGCUGCUCCAAGUCACCGCCUCCCACCUUGAGCUCUCUGGUCUUGGCUUCCCCUGGGAUAUUCCUCCUGGACAUGGCCCCCGAGACAGGACCCCUUGGUCCCAGUCCCUGCUCUGCCUCUGGUGCACCUGUGAGCAUGGGCGAGUCCCUUUGCUUCUGGACCCUGUGUCUCAUGAGGAGACACCUAUACGUGAGGGGGGGGAACUCGGAUCCCUCCUGUCUCACAGCAGUGCUGCGGACUGGAGGACUUGAGUGUGAGCUGUGUCCCUUCUCAACAGGAGGGAAGUGGUCCCAAGAAAGUGAAGGGUCAGACACUGUGUGUCCCCCCUGCCCCCAAUAACGUACACAUAUGAACACAUUCAA